GGAGCUGGACCACAGUGGGACAAGGACGCCUCCAGACAGGUUGCCAGGGCCCCACCUGGAGGAGGCAGGUGUGCCCAUGGCCUGGGCCAAGGCCCGAGUGGUAAGUGCCGCACUGACAUGGCGGCAGCGGCCCCCUGCCCAGGAAGAGAUCAAACAUGGUUUUCACAAGGUGUCCCUGGUGUCAGGGGUCCAGAUGGAAGCCCCCCAGAAGGAGAUGUUUGAGUUCAGCCGUCGAGAGGAAGUCAAUGGCUUUGCAACACAGGAAGAAGAGACCGUGAAUUGCCAGGGCCCUCGGGAUGCAGCUGGCUCCAAGAACUUCCAGAGCCAUAGACCCAUCUUUUCCAAGAAGUACACACCACCUCCCAAGGAGAAAAGGCUUGAGCAGAGGCUGAAGGAGGCUGUGGACCAGAGUCAUGGCAGCCGCCAAGAUCCUAGGACUGAGCCCCCACGUGUGGGAGCUAUGGCCAGGACUGAGCUUUUGGUUCCCCUGCCUGGGCCCGGAGAGCCAAGUCCCCACCCAGGUGUAGGUCUCACUAGUGGGAGCUCCCGGAGCCUCGAGGAACACCGAGUGACACGCACCGUGUAGACCACCACGGUGGUGAGAGGUCAUGUGGACCGGCGGGUGAGCAGCUCUGUGACUGUGAGGCCAAUGUCCUCAGGCGAGGCCCUGCCAUGGGGCCGUCAGGUCACCCGCAUGGUGCAGCCAGUGGUAGUGGGCUCCCCACCAGGCUUGCCCAGCCGCAGCCAGGCUGUGAAAGUGCUAAGUAACCUCUUACCUGCUGGGCACAACCCCCGUGCCAGCCACCUGCCCAGGCCCACAGCUGGAGUGCCGAGAAGCACAGGUCUGGGCAGCACAGUGGGGGCAGCCUUGAGGCAGCUGCCUGAGACCGGGACAGCAGAGCUUAAAGACAGCUCUGCCCUGGUCUCUACAGGCAUCCCAGCCAGUGCUCACCUGCCUAAGAAUCAGGAUGUCCCUGCAGCCUGUCCAGAUUGAGACCAGGGCAGAGCCCUGGAUGCCAGGGCCUGUGAGCUCUGGCAGGUGCUGGGAGCCCCCAGUUCCACUGAGCUCCCUCUCCAGACUUCUCAGGGUCAAGCAUCAGUCCCCUCCUCUCCCAGACUCCAGACCCAUGUCCCCUCUCCAAGCCUAGCCCACCCUGCAAAGCAGCCUGUGGUGCCCACUCACGCCAGGGCCCAGCUCACUCCCCUUGUUCUGCCCCCUAUAAAAAGGGAAGGGCUUGUGGACCCCCCUGCUGCCACCGUCCUGCCCAUGGUGAGGAGGGAACAUGUGACAGUCCCUGAACAAUCUCCUGCUCCAUCCUCUAUAAGGAGGAAGGAUGUCCCCAGCCCAGGAGGUCUUUCUGCUCCAUCGUCCCCAAGGAAUAAGUUUGUUCAGAACUCUGAAAAUGCCACUGUUCUCACCUUUACCCAGAAGGAGGUGGUGUGGGGCCCCGGUGCUCCUGCGGCCUCGUCCCCCACCCGGAAAGAGGUCUUGAAGGGCCCCGGCGCUCCUGAUGCCUCAUCCCCCACCCAGAAGGAGGUGGUACAGGAGUCCAGUGCUCCUGAUGCCUUGUCUCCCACCCUGAAAGAGGUCGUGAAGGGCCCUGGUGUUCCUGGGGUCUCAUCUCCCGCCCAGGAGGUGGUGCAGGAGUCCAGUGCUCCUGCUGCCUCGUCCCCCCCUGGGAAAGAGGUUGUGAAGGGCCCUGGUGCUCCUGCUGCCUCAUCUCCCGCCCAGAAAGAGGUGGUGCAGGGGUCUGCUGCUCCUGCUGCCUCAUCCCCCAAGUCAGCUGAGGUUGUCCAGGGCCCAGAAGGCAGCCCUAGCAUCCAAAAAGAGGCUGUCCAGGAUAUUGCAGGCAGCCUUGCUCCACCCCUCACUAAGGAAGAGACUAUUCAAGACCCAGCUGCUUCUGCCACCUCACUCCCCAAACAGGACAAGGGGGUCCAGGACUCUGAAGGGAGCCCCAGCUCAUCUCUCACCCAGAAAGCGGUUGUGCAGGACCCUGCUGUUCUCCCUGCCCCAUCUUCCUCAGUGGACAGGGUGUCCCCCAGCCCAGGAGGCACCUGUGCCCCAGUGCCAACAGGAGCAGAGGCCAGCACGGAGUCCCAGCUUCUGUCUGACCCCACUGAGGGCAAGAUGUGCCCAGAGACAUUGAGGGAGGAGGAUGAGGUGGCCCUGGCCACUGACCUGGAGAUAUUCCUGGAUACCCUGCGGAGCAUGGAGCCCCCUGAGAUCCUCCGCACUCACCGGCUGCCACGAGCCCCUCGCUCCUCCUACCUGUCCAUGUAUGCCACACUGCUUGCCAUUGAGGAGGACCAGCCAGGGCCAUGGGUGCUGGGCCCUGGCCCCCAGGAGGUGCCUUCAUUGGAAGAGAAAGAGGAGGAGGAGGAGGAGGAACCAGAGAACCCCUAUCUAAGUGAUGACGAGAAGCUUCAGCGCAGGUAGAAGAAAGCUGGGCCCAACCUCUCCUGGGACCUCCACCCUGCCAGGCCCACCCAGGUCUCCUGCUCUUCUCUUGAGAUGAAGAAGCAUGUAGCAGGAACCAAGGGCCCCCACUUAGAGCUGGGGUUGGAAUUGCAGGGAGGCAGCAGACCCACUUCCCGUCUCGGAGGUAGCCUUCUUUUUGGCAGUCUGGUGCCUGCCACCAAGGAGGCCUCCACCCCAGAACCGCUGGGCACAAAACUAUCUGCCCUGCUGCCCCAUGGGGCACUGGGGCUCAGGAAGGUGCCAGGACAGUUGCCCCUGCUUUGCAGUGAAAGACCAUCCCUGACGGAGAAGCUUGCCUGUGCCCUGCCCCUAGAGGGGUGGAUAAGUGAUGCCUUGGGUGGUAGCCCAGCCUUAAAGACCCAGGGCAAGCCGAACACCAGGCCUGGAAAGGUGAUCUUCUUCUCGGAGUCUGGCUGCCAAGGCAGUGGCAGGGAGGUCUGGGGAGACAUUGUUGAUGCCUCAGGCUGGGCCCCUGUAGCCUCCAUAAGGGUAGUUCGAGGCUGCUGGGUGCUGUACGAAGAGCCAGAGUUCCGGGGUCAGAAGCUGGUCCUGCCUGAAGGAGACAUGGAACUCAGAACCCCAGGGACAAAGUGGAGUCCCUAAGGCAUCGGCUCCCUAAGGAGGGUUGUCUGG